AUGCUCCGAAUUGGACAUUUCUUCCUGCUUGUUGUGCUCGUUGUUGCGGUUCUCUCGAUUCCGACAAGUUACUCGAAGAGCAAGAUGCUCAACAACAUUUUCAAGCAGAUCCAUAACAAGAAAGCCGUUGGAGAUACCUUCCCGUACGAGGCAUAUGGCUUUGGAGACGCUGGAUACGGUUUGGGAGACGAGCAGAACUACUUCGUUAUAGUUUAA